UCUCCCUACGGUUACGAAUUUCUGUCUGCGCGAGGGAGGAGGAUAAGAGAGAGCGCGCUCUGCAACACCAAAAGGAGAACAAAGAAGAAAAAUGGAGGAUAUGAAGAAGAGGAAGAUGGAGGAGAUGGGAGAUGCUCAAACUUCGACGCAGGAACAAUUACGUACUUUGCUCGAUCCUCUCGCUAAACCUCAGCUCGUUGAUCUCCUCUCCAGACUAGGGUCCCAAUAUCCUUCAAUUGCAGAAGAAAUUAAAAGUCUUGCCAGUGCAGAUCCUGUACAUCGAAAGCUUUUUGUUCGUGGCCUAGCCUGGAAUACCACUUCAGAAACCUUGUGUGCUGCAUUUCAAGUUCAUGGUGAAAUCGAAGAAGGGGCUGUGAUUUAUGACAAGGCAACUGGGAAGUCACGUGGAUAUGGUUUCAUCACCUAUAAACAUAUGGAGUCAACUCAGAAUGCAUUGAGUGCGCCAAGCAAAUUAAUUGAUGGCCGAAUGGCUGUUUGUAAUCUAGCUUGCGAGGGAUUGACGGGGGCAAGCACUACCCUUGAUCUUGCUCAAAGAAAACUCUAUAUUGGAGGCUUAUCACCUGAUGUCACAAGUGAAGCUCUACUUUCUUUUUUUGGUAGACAUGGUGAGAUUGAGGAAGGUUCAGUUGCAUACGACAAGGAUACAAAUGAAUCACGUGGAUUUGGCUUUGUUACGUACAAAACAGUUGAAGCUGCAAAGAAGGCCAUAGAUGAUCCACAAAAACUACUCGGUGGUAGGAGCAUCAUUGUGAAACUUGCCGAUACUCACAAGGGAAAACCGGUACAAACACAGUUGCCUCCAUCAGCAAUUGUUCCUUUACCUGUACCUUUGGCAGCUGGAUAUUCACAGCCUGGAAAAAUACAUUCCGGCACUGUCCCUGUUGGGUACACGUACCCUCAAAGCAUAGCGUCAUAUCCUCCAGCCUUUUAUCCAAGUUUUCCGGCCCCAUAUGCAGCACAACCUCAACUUUCUUACGCCCCAGUUGCUGCUGGAAAGGAUCCUGUUGGACUCCCAGCUCCUACACCUGGAAAUGUAAUUGUACUAAAGAAUUUUAUAAAGCGUGACCCGAAGAAUACACUAGUGCACGGUGCAUAA